GUGCUCAAUAAUAUAUGCAUGAAGUACCCUGAACUUGAUGGGACUUUGGAGGUAGGAAACUGCUCUUUCGGACAUUCCCGUCUUCCAUUUGUGGCUGGGUGAUCCAAAGUACCAUGGCUGCUCAAUCUGAAGCAGCCUGCCAGACUGCUGUCCCUACCACGAUGCAACAGGAGGCACAGGUACCCACCCCCUCAGCUGCAACAGAUUCCCCAAAACAAACUGGAGCCAUCGGAAACAUGGGCACAGUCAGCGGUAGAAACAAUCCUAUCAUUACUGGUUCAGGUGAAGUUACUGUCACUUACAACUUGUCGUCAGAUGGAGCAGGAGUACAUCCGCAGAAUCAGGAACCAGACCAAGUACCGAGAGUGGGGGAUCUCAACCAAGACGUCGGUAACAAGACCAGGGACAUUUUGAGGACAUGUUACAAGACAACGGGUAGCUAUGUUCAGUUGAACCCUGGGGCUCCCGAUGAUCAAAGACCUAUUGUUGGCAUUUACACUAAAUUGCGGGUUAGAACAAAGAAAGGUACUUUAGAAGAAGAAUUCUGUGACAAAACUGUAUAUUCCACAGAGUAUGAGAAAGUAUUGAAAGAUUGGCCUGAGACUGAGUUCAAUCGUGCUAUUGUAUUUGGCAUUGGUGGUGUCGGGAAGUCAACCAUUUUUGACAAGAUUGCAUAUGACUGGGCCGAUGAGGCAUGUGAAAUCCUGAAAAGAUUCAAGCUUGUCUUUCUUUUAAAGAUGUAUGCCCUGUUCCAAGAAUCUGAUCUUGUUGAUUCCAUUUUUGAUCAACUUUUAGGCGUAAAGUCAGGAGUAGCCAAAGAUGAACUUGAUCAAUAUAUUCAGGACAACUCAAAUAAGGUGUUGAUACUUUUGGAUGGUUUUGAUGAAAUGAGGACCAAAACACUUGAUGCAGCCUCAUUCGGCUCUAUCCUAAAAGCGCUCAAUAGAACAGAAUACAGGAAGUGUUGCAUUUUUGUCUCAACCCGCCCCUCUCAUCUUGAGACACUGAUGUCAAAAUCACUUGUCCAAAAUCCUUGCACACACGUAGAGGUUCUGGGGUUUACCAAGGAAGAUGUUAAUGAAUACAUUCAGAAAUUCUAUUACGAAGAUCCUGAUAGUGGCAGUGCACUGAUCCAAAACAUUGAAAAAUCCAACACACUGCUCGAUUUCUCCACGAAUCCAAUGCUUCUCCUUCUCAUGUGUUUGUUGUGGAGGGAGAAAAAACAACUCCCCGAAACAACUUCACGCCUCUUCACUGAGGCAGUUGAAUACAUGUUCACAAGAAAAGGAUAUAGCUCCGAAGAUGCAUCAAAAACAGUGAUUGCUAUAGGAAAAACUGCACUGAGUGGUUUCGUAAGUGCCGACCAGAAUUUCUCAUUUCAAAAAGAUGAGUUUGAACCAAAUGCGCUGGACCUGGCACUGAAAGCGGGCAUCCUAACCCAGCAGAGAGUUAUCAAAAACCUCAAAUGCCACAACAACAUACAAUUCAUGCACAAGACUAUUCAGGAAUACUGUGCUAGUAAAUACUUGCAAAGUGUACAUAUGUCAAACCCAGGAUUUGUAAAGCGUACAGUUUACAAAUUUGUUCCAUUUGGAGAAUUUCAAAACAAUUUAAGGCAACUAUGUCAGACAAUUGAGGGUAUUGUUUCAAAUGAUUUCCUUUUGCGUUUUUGUUGUGGUGACAAUGAAAAGUGUAUGUUAGACAUUGUAACCUUGCUUGAACGUAAAUUCAAGGAGCAAAAUAAGCCCGGGUGCAUGUACCAAAAAGCUGUUACACAAGCUAUCAGUAGACAAUGUUUUUUUGAAAGCCAAUCCAAAAAGGUCCCACGGUGUCUCACCAGCUACUCACUCAUCCCAUCAGAUAUCAAGGUGAAUAACAAUACUGAUUUCCGCAUUCUCAUAUACCUUCUUGAAAUCAUCUGUAGGUCAGAAGUCCAGGCACCACAACUGUCACGCAUUGAAACCAUUAGGGUUUCUUCUCAGGUGUCUUCAGUCAGUGGUUUAGCCUUUGCCGUGGGUUACAUGGAAAACCUCAGUCAUCUGAUGCUCUGGGGUUGUCCUUUAGUGAAGGGUGAGCUUGAGAAAAUCCUGUCAUCACUGAAAUGCAACUAUCUCUUGACCAGUCUUGUCAUACAGCGUUGCAUGACAUUGGGAGGUAGAGCUGUAGAAUGGGCCCCUCAUAUCAAACACUUGACAAGCCUUGAGAAACUUAGAGUAAGGUGGUGCCAACUUCAGAGCACAGACAUUGAACACAUUGCCUCGGCUGUACAUGACAUGCCCAAACUGACUGCCUUGAACCUUCCUGCCAACAUGACAUUGAGCGAAUCCAAUGACUUGUGGGCCAAGGAAUUGCCCAAAAUGAUGCACUUAAAUAAGCUGGACCUGAGCUGGUGCGAUUUGACACAGUCAGACAUUCCACACAUUGCCUCGGCUGUAGGUGACAUGCCCAAACUGACUGACUUGGAUCUUGGUAUCAACGAGACAUUGGGUGGAUGUGCUGCAGUGUGGGCCAAGGAAUUACCCAAAAUGAUGCACUUAAAUGAGCUGAACCUGUGCAGUUGCAAUUUGACAAGGUCAGACAUUCCACACAUUGCCUCGGCUGUAGGUAACAUGCCCAGACUGACUGACUUGAAUCUUGUUGGCAACGGGGCAUUGUAUGGAUGGGAUAAGUUACAGUCCUUCUUCCCAUCACUUAGGGUUGCAUUGUAAUUCUCCCUUGCCAAGCUCACUUUUGAAUUACAUGUACUAGGCAUAACAAUAUCAAAAUGAUAACAUUCUCAAUAAAAGGAAAUGAAAUUUACAAGAAAAUCAACAAAAUUAGAGGGUCUAAUGUUUCAAUCCUAAGCAGGACCAUUCUCACAAUAGAUCAUCAGUAGGUUCAUCCUGCAUGUAAGACAAUUAGCUGUUCACCAUUGAAAAAACAAUACUAUAAAAUCAGGGACCUGUGCAAAUUCCAAAAACAGAUAAUUAAAAAUGUGUUAUUCCAGGAUGUCUGCUUGCAAUUUAAACAAAAACAUCAUAACACAUUCUGGAUUCAGAUGGUCAGUAGGGUCACAUGACACCGUAGUUUGUCAUCAAAGUCAAACUGACACUCUUAAAGCCCAGGUUUAGAUAUAACCCUGCAUCCGGGACAGAUUGGACCAAAAUCUGGGUCAAAAUAAAUUUUUUUGGUCAAAUGGCUUGAAAGGUGACUCAAGAGAAGCGUGAUUUUGACCCGGAAAAAUGUCAGGUCAAAUUUGAGCUGGAUUUGGGUCGAAUCUGACCCAUGACAUAUGAGAGUGUCUAUGAUUUGCUGAUUGGGUCAAGGAGAAUGGACAAGGAACUGUAGAUUCGUGCUAAGAAUGGACGGGGCAAAUCUUGCACAAAUCUACAGUUCCAAGCUGUCUAUUCUCGGACUUAAAAUUUUUUUUUGAAAACGUUAGUUGAUGCAAAUAAGAUCCCUGGUUUACCAUUUUGUGAAUCUCCAUUUUGUGAAUAAGUGGAGAUUCCACAUCUGGAAACUUUUUGAAGUGGCAAACAAAAUGACUGUAGACCUCAAAUCUUUACGUGUGUGCAUGAAAACAUCACUAAUUCGAAAACCCAGUGGAUAUAUGGUAUUUGUUGAUUUCGGAGGCUGUAUGGUUGGUUUGGUCCAUUUCCAAGUUGAGACUUGUUGACCUGACAACAGUUGUAUUGAUGUAUCACGUUUAAACAAUGAGAAGUUAUCGUAUGUAAUUAUUCCAAGAUGGAAAACAUGUAUAUUUUGUUAAUAAAGUAUAUUUUUGGAGACUCAUUGGCCAAGUGGCUUAAUUGUGCUUGUAUAACGGAUCAAAAAAUGAA